AUGACCUCGAGGACCCCCAUGGGCGUCCAGCCGCGCCCGCCUCAGCGGACCGUGAGCUCAUCGUCGCUGCCCGGCCAGCAGCGUCCUCCUCAUCCGCGCUCUCUAUCGCAACAACAGCAGCCACAGUUCUUACCCGCGUCCCCCGUCCGAAAAGACUCCUCCUUCAUAGACCUCACCGGCGAGUCCACCGAUGUCGCGUCAAAUCGAUAUACCUCUACCCCGAGGAGGGGCGGCUCCCGCCUCAAGCUCGAGCUCUCCAACGAAUUCUCGGGUCACAUUUCCGUCACCGGCUCACCCCAGAGCCUCACCCCAUCGCGCAUGUUACCCAUCUCCGACCCUUUCGAGACCGGCACCCUAAGCCCGGCCGUAUCCAAGGCUUCCCAUCAGGACAUCGAUAACAUGCCCCUACCGAUGCCCCGACGUCGUCCACGAGGAUCGCAGCCGGUAUCCGCCCCCCGAAUAACUACACCCGCACCCGCGCCCCCGAAGAAGGAUGCGCGUCCGAAGCCCUACACGGUCGAGAUCCCCCCUCUUGCCCCUCGAUUCGUGCCCACUAGACACGAUGCUCCCAACCGAACUCCGGUCGAUCCCUUCAGCAAGGGGCUGAGCUCGGGAUAUGCCGACUUCUUUCCCUGGCACGGCGCUCAUCAUGAAGAUGAAUGGAACGGCGAAGCCAUCACUAAGGGUACUUGGGAUAAGGUCAACCUCAAUGUUCCCGAAACAUCCUCUGCAAAGUUAGCCAUCUUUCCGGCUCUCAAGCAGAAGAGCGGCCUCAACGCCCUUUCUACCAUUUUCAUGGGUGUAUUGAACCAGCGGAGACACCGCGGUCAGAUCAAUGCACCGUCUACCUUCAAACCACCGCCUCGUGUCACGCUCACUGACACAAAGCGAGAGGUGUGGCUCAAGGAUUUGGCGAACCCUGCCAUCUCCUUGCGCCGCCUCAGCCGCACAAUCCCUCACGGAAUUCGCGGCAGAACCCUCCUCGACCAGUGCUUGAACAAGGACGUCCCGACCGAGAGAGCUGUAUGGCUGGCCAAGUGCGUUGGCGCCAACGAGAUCCGGGCAUUCAAGAGGAAGGGAGUCAACGGUGCCUUUGUCAUGGGCGGCGAACUGAAAUGGGCUAGGGAUUGGACUGUCUUCGUCGAGCAGUUUGUCGAUGCGGUCGUCUCGGGCUUUGGUGAGAGUGAGUGGAAGGCCAGAGUAACUUACGCUAUCCGCCUCGCCACGAACCUUUAUUCCGAGCAACUAUUGGACCGAGACCACUAUCUUGACUGGGUUGUCUCUGGGAUCGAGAACAGCCCCCAGUCUAAGAUGCCCAUGUGGAUUCUGAUUGCUCAGAUAUAUUGGAAGGACUUGAUGCGAUCACGCAAAUACGGCCGCCGCCUUGUAUUCGCGUUGCUCAGCCACCUCCAUGUCAUCCACAACGACCCCGAUCGAGACAUUUUGGUCCAGCUAUCGAGCAGGCUCACAACCCUCCUUGGCUCGCUGCUUAAGACUAACCCGGAGAGUUUCAUUUACCCCAACACUUGGCCCAAGUACCGAGAUACCCUCCUGGCCUCCUUGGCUUCCGACGACGAGACGAUGCAAAACAUGAUCAAUUCGAUUCAAAUACGAAAUUCGCGACUCCUGGUCUCGAGCUCGACUUCCUUACCCGCUGGACGAAACCAACUGGUCAAACUUCUAGACGCCGCCCUGAAGGAACCCAUCGAUCGAGAGCUGGCCGCGCAAUGUUGGUCAACGAGCGACAGCAAACCCUUGAUUAUCAAGACGCUUGUCGAAUGGGCUACUUCGUUCCAUCGCCCAGGCUUGGCCAAGGUCUACGUCGCAGCAAACCUGAUUCGAGCAUGGAGCACCUUCCGAGUCAACCCCACGACGGCUAUUCUUGAGAUUCUGGACGGCAUUGCCACCCACGACAAAACCCGCAAGGAGCUUGUGUACCUCUUGGUGACGGAACUUGUGCGAACCGGUCACUUCUCCGUCCCUCAGUAUAUCCAGUGGGUGAUCGCUCGCGGCGGCUACCACGACGACGCCGACAUCGACCCAGACGAAGGCCCCUGUUCAACUAGAUUACUUGUCGAGUUGCCCCUGCAUGCUCUUUCUGAGAAGCGACGGGCCGAGAGAGGAAAUCUCCUACGAAGAGCUGGAAAUUACUCGGUCGCUGAUGAAGAGCAGAACAUUUUCAACGCCGUCAAGUGCCUUAAACACACCCUCGGACUACCUCUACCUCCAGGCGACCCGUUAUCUGAGAAAAAGCCACUGUCUCUUCCGAAGCUACUGCGCAGGAUACGGAACAGCAGCAGAGCUCUCAGGAGCUGCGUUGGUGCCCAACUCCGCGACAUCGUAACGAGCCAGUUUUCUAGAAAGGGACAGCCUUCCAUGUCUGUGGCCAUGUUCACUUCUGUUCGUGAAGUCAUGGAGACUGUGGAGGACUUCCCGAUGCUCUCAGAGAUAUUGAAGGCCUGCACAAAAUCGGGAGAUGCGGAGAUCCUGGCCUCGUGCGCCGAUACCAUCAACUCUAACCUUCAAAUCUUCUUAGCUAUCGGCAGCGCGGGAAAUUUGUUUAACAGCCUUAUCGAACGCCUGAAGUCGAUCAACGAGGAGCAAGGAAUUGUACCCCGACCCCUACUCGCAGCACUAUCCAGCCUAGCCCGACGCAUGGCGGGCCACGAAGCGAUUGCAAAACAGCUCCGCCAUGAGUUGCUCCAAAGCGAUCGGAACAACGCCAUCGAUGCAUGCUCGCCUGUCUCGGAUAUCAUGACUAUGCCGGCGCAAAGUGCAGAAGGGGAGGUUGCCGAGGAGAUCGAAAAGCUCCUGUCAAGCGGGACUCGGCUGGAUCCUCCAACUAUGAACCGACUAUUCCGAACCAUCAUUCCACGGCUAGAGCGAGGUUGGGCGAAGAAGGAUGACACGCGCCGGGUGUUUGCGACACUACUGGCGAGGACUCGGGUGUUCGAUACUCAGCAUUUUGAUAAGCUCAUGACCGACUGGACGAGCCAUGUUCGCUCGCUCCCAGAACGGCCUCCGCUCUCGGAUCUAUUCCCUCUCCUUAUCAGCACCGGAUGUCUGGCCAUGCCUAUUAUCCUCAGCACUGCAAGUGCUCCAUCGUCAACUCCACUAUCCGAAGCUGCAGCAAAACAGCACGGAUCGGCAACCUAUCUUCAGGAACUGUUGCAGCUCAUCAUCACACCGUUGCCUGCUGCCACGGGUCUCUUCCCUGAAGAAAGCUACCAGUUCCGCACGGAGCAACGUUGUGCCAAGUCAGAGCAAUCCAAGGGUCUGAUGAAUCUCGUCAAGAAUGCUUUGUUGGAGUACUCUGGCCUGAGAAACUACAGCAACGGGAUUGAUCUGCCUCUCGACGACACCCAGUGCCAGGAAAACCUCCUUGAAACCCUUCGUCUGCUCGUCUUGGUGGAUUCUACCGCGGUGUCCUACGCACUGAGUCUCAAGUCCCUCCCCGAAGCUGGCGACCUGGUCCAGAAAGUGACCACUAACCUCCUGGUCCCUGGAGACUCUGGAGAGUCCCAGAUGUCCUUCGACCAGAUCCUUCAACUGGCCAACGAGCUGACCCUGCCAUUUUGCCAGCUCAAGCUGAAUCUCGACUUGUCCAUGUCCCAACAGAACCCUGGCGAGGGCGACGGGCAUGGAGCCCGCUUCGAUCUAUUUGCCAAGGCCAUGGAUCGCGCGAUCGAGGCUGGCAACAUCAUGUGGACGAGUCUCCUACCUUGUCUGAGCGACGACAUCACUCAGCACCUCAAGAGCCAAGCGCAGGCUGGCUUCCUGGACCUCAUUCCCUCAACGAAGACCACCAACACCACCGAACUGGCAUCGAACCAAUCGAUCCACAUGGCUGAGAAUCUCUUGGAGGUUGUGGAAGCUAUCAUCUCAGGACAGCCGCCCCCCAAGAUGGCGCAGCUGACUAUUGCCAUGGUAGAGAAGCUCACAGAUCUUUGGGAGGUUAUCGCAGGCGGAGCGCAGGAAAGACCCGAAAUCCACACAGCAGCUCUCCGGCACUGGCUGCCCGCAAUGCUUCGUUUUGUCACGCUGCACAGCUUGUCCUCGGAGCCGCCGUCGGCACCUCUUCCUAGCGCAUCGGCCACCAAACCACCUAUCCCGGCUGUUCAUGACACACGAGCCCGCAUCGUCCUCGUCCUUUGCGGUCUUAUGCUUGAGCUGGAGACUCUCCCACCUGCCAUCACCGGCUCACUACCCCAGCAGGUGCAAGAUAUGGCGAUGCUACUCGUGGACACUCUCCCAGAAGACUUGCGCGCCCAGUGUGCCAAGUCCAUCCUGCUCACUCCCGGCGCUACGACCAGUCUCAACACGUCGUCUGACCCGCGCCUCUACUAUCUCUUCAGCGCACCACACCCGGGUCCUGCAGAAAGCUUGAUGCUUACCCAUCGCGAGAAGCCCGCGACGGCCCAGAGUGCUGCCGCCCGUGGCAUGGGGGCCAUGUACGGCAUAGGGCCGGCCGUCCAGGAGCGCCUCAGUCCAUUUGUUCUCCGACGGUGGGAGUUGCUCAGCGAGCCAACACCCAAUGUUGGCGAGAACGACACGAGCCUGAGCCUUGGUUUAUUCGAAGCAAUCAAGAUUCAGUAA